CCUCACGAGGGAGGACAGAGCCAAUUCACAAGUGCCACGACCCCCAGAUGGAGCUUAUAAGCAACUCCCACUGAGUGCUCAGGGCUCUCGCCUCCCCUAAGGAGCGGAGUCCGCUGCGUGCGUUACACCCAAAAGCACCUAAGUCCAGAGCAGUCCUGGAAGGGGAUAAUAAAAGCUUGCUUGGGAAGGCGAUCAUCUGAGCAAUUCUUUACUCCCCCACGCGACUCCGGUGUUUUGGCCGGCAUCAAUUUUUGGGGCCCCGAGGAUCGGUACCCAUCUAUCUUAUUUGCACCGACGGGUUGGCUCAGGGAGCCAGGGAAGGCACCCUUGCAGGGGUGGCCAGCCAGUCCGGAAAGGACUGAGCGUAGUCGGUCGAGGAGACUGACGACGGGUGAGACGCCACCGGACACUGGAUGCCUGACCUAGGACCGUGAGGACUAGGGACGUCGGGCUGAUCCCAAGGGAGAGACCCGAGACGGCGAUUGCUUGAUUCGACUCCAGAAGAGGCGAAAGCGACGUAGUGUCGGUGCAGCGGUCGAUCUCUUCCUUCUUCUGCCGUCUCUUCUCUUCCAGCCGUGAUGGAGACGAGCAACCGGACGGCGGCCUGGUCCCGGGGCCUGCACUGGAUUGUGAAGGCCCUGAAUGAGACCCUCCACGGCCCCCCGCCGCCGUCCUGCCAGCCCCGGGGAAACCAACCGGAGCCCGGCCCGGCGACCGGCCUCGGCAGGGACGACAACUCCUACAUCUACGUCCUCUUCGUCAUGUUCUUCUUCGCCGUCACCGUGGGCGGCCUCGUCCUUGGCUACACACGCUCCCGGAAGGCGGACAAGCUGAGCGACCCUUACCACGUCUAUAUCAAGAACCGGGGGCCCGUGAUCUGAGCGGGGAAGAGGAAGGAUAAUCGUAAUAAUCGUGGUAUUUGUUGAGCCCUGACUGUGUGACAGGCCUGUUUUAAG